AUGUCGGACGCGGCCGCGUUGCGGAUCAGACUGGGCGCGAUCGGGGCGGCGCUUCGGAGCGUCGUCGGGGCCGAUCGGCACGAGGCGAUGUCGAGGGUUCAGGCCAACGCUGUCGUUGCCAUGCUGAACGGCGGGUUGGUAACCAUCUCACCCGAUGACAAGGCGGCGCUGGCGAUUAUGGCCAACAAUGUGGACAAGUACGCGGGCCACGACAUGUCAACGUUGGAUCUUCUUGCCAGGGAAUCAGCCCCAGGCAACAAUCGCAGUGCCCAGCAGAAGCACACGACCUUCGUUGAGUUCCUCACCGAAGAUAAUUGGUCCAAGCUGCUUCCCGCUGACGGCGAGGUGCCGCCCAGCAACGCUUGCCUGAACAUCAUCAUCCAGCGCGUCGUGCGCCGGGGUUGCUACAGCGCGUGCGAGUUCACGACCAAGCUGAUGACGUCGUUGUGGCUUCUCAUUUGCAAGCCGUCGGUGGGCAAGAUGAGCUGCUUCCAAUUGAAAACGCAGCAUGGCCACCUCAAGAGGGAAUACAAGCGCAUUGCAGACAAGUGCCAGAAGCACACCACGUACAUAAACACGCUCCCGCCUCUGCCAGAUGACCUGGCGCGUUCGCACCCGCGGGUCUACGCCGUGGCAUGCGCCGCUCGCGCGGGCGACGGGCCCGCGCGGCGCCCGCUGGACACGGGCAAGCUUCGGGAGAUUGACAGCAGGUAUCGGUGCAGAGGACUUGGGCCCGAUUCGCAGUCAGUGGGCGCCAGGCCGCUGGGCUCGGGCGACGCGGCAAGCAGCCAGCUGGCGACCUUCGGCUCCGGCGGGCAGGGCGACAUCAGGCCGAUGAUUGCCCAGCAGGCCCAGCAGAUGCAGCAAAUGCAGACAAUGGCAAUGCACGCCAUGUCCCUCACGUGGCAGGAGGGCAAUUCGGAGCAGGGGCGGGCGCGGCAGCCCUUAGAUAACGCCGCUCGGGGCCGCCACAGGAAGCAGCCGGCGCCGGGCCUAAGGGUUGCAGGGCCACCACUGCGUGCCCCUGAACCAGCAGUCGACGUUUCAGCUGUCGCAGCUCCAGCUGCCGCGGCCCCAGCUGCCGCAGCUGCCGCGUGUCCAGCGGCCGCAGCUGCCGCGGCGCCAGCUAUCCCCACUGAUAGUGCUGGGGCAGUGGCCGCGGCAGCUCCCGCGGAUGCCCGCCCCGCCCAGCCAGGGAACUUGACGCGCACCGUGGAGCAGGCAAUGAAUACUAUGCAUGCUGAGCGCCAGGAGGAGAAGGCCAAGGCGAAGAGGAAUAUGGUCAUGAAGAAGCCCGCCAAGGCAAUUUGCGACGCCGACGCCGACGAGAUGGCGGAGUCGGUCGACGACGCAGGUGGUGAGGAUGCAGAGGAUGGCGAGAACGAGGAUAUACCCCCUACUCCCAGACCGAAGAGCGCCCCCGCGACCAAGAAGAUAACGCCCGCACAUGGGAAGAGCGGCGAGGGCGACCGCGGACGCGGUUCCGCGUCCAAGGCGACCCCGCCCAAGGACAAGAAGCCCGACGAGAAAACCGACAAGAAGCCCGGCAAGGACAGGAAGCCCGACAAGGCGUCCGCGCCCAAGAAGCCCGGCAAGAAACCGAUCGACAUCUCCGACUUGGCGGUCUUGACGAAUAAGACGAUGAAGGAAACCUCGCGCGAGUGCUUCACUUCGAAGGCCUACCGCUCGGCGGGGAAGAGGGCGAAGGCCGCUGGCAAGUCCCCAGAAGAGAUGGAGGUGAUUGGCAGGCAGGCUCACGCCGCUGCCGCGGCGCUCUGGGGCAAGCUCAUCAAGGGCAGCUGA